AUGGAAUACGCCGAUCUACUGGCCACACAAGGGCUCGUGGAUCUCGCUGUCACAUACGUCACACUGAUCCCCAAGGAUUACAAUGGCGGUAUUGGUAAAAAUAGCCCCUUCCACUUUGGCAGAGAACGCAUUCUCAUUGCCGCCGGGAAACAAACACCUACAGCGACCAGUGCUGCUACAGCACCCACCGGAAAGGCUGGUACUGCACCCACCACAACCGCCCCUAGGGUCCCCGCAAAAGCUCCGGCACCUUCCUUGUAUCACAACCCAUAUUCAAACACUGGUCCCACCGCAACCGCACCCUCAGGCUAUUCUCCUUAUAAUCCUCCUGUCACCAACACAUAUGGACCAACGCAGCCCAGUGGAUACACACCUUCCGUGACUAAUCCAUAUGCAACACAGCCCGCAAAUGUUUACAAUCCUGCAGGCGGGCAACCGCUGUACAACCAACACUCUCAACCUUCUAUGAUCCCUGCUCCCCCUCUCGCCGUAAAUACAGGUUAUACGCCUCCGACAAGCACCGCGCCCACACCACACAAUACCGUACCACCUCCGAUUCCGGCAGCCUUGAGAAAGGACAUUCCUGGAUGGAACGAUCCGCCAAUGGCCCCUCCCAAGCGAGCGAUGGGAACACCUACGGCUCCACCGAUCACGAAUCCACUACCCAACUCACCGCCAGUUCAAAACCCGUCGUUUUAUGGACCAGGGCCUGGUCCUGGUGGAAUUAUGGCGCCACCUCGCAGCGGCUCUACUGGUAUUCCUCCUCCUCCUCGAGCAGGUGCUACUAGCACUCCACCCCUCGGUCGUUCUGGUGGAAGCACUGUGCCGCCUCCUCCCAAAGCUGGAGCAAUCCCAUCUGGAUCCACUUUGACUCCUCAUCAACAACCCGGGCCCUACGGACCAAGACCAGGUUCUGUCGGCCCUACAGGCCAUGGUUAUGAUGUGCGACCUCCUUCCACUGGACCACAAGCAGGUGGCCGCUAUGCUCCACCUCCACGAGCAGACUCGGCAGAUCCAAGCCGUGCAGGUAUCCCUCCUCCACCAAUGAAGCGAGACGGGCCAGGAUACAAUGUGCCACCAGUCGGAGGAGCUGGUCCUUAUGGCCCUCCAGUAACUACGAACGAUCCAGCACAAAACCCUAGGAUCCCUCCUCCUCCGCGUGCCAGUGGUGCCUCUCCAAUCGUGCGGACUGGACCUCCGGCCGGUGGAUCUUAUGGGCCUCCUCCCUCCACCCAGACGUCGUCUACUCCAGUGCAACAACCGCCACCUGUAGCAACGCCUCCAAAGGCAGCGCCUAAAUACC